GCGGACCCAAAAACUGCGCUUAUUGCGCUCAAUCCCCUACACACUCGGUCUAGUGAACUGUCGCAUUUGCUUAUGUUCAGACGUUCGUCCUCAGUGCAGGUCAACAGCUGUUGAAGUCAUGUCUGCCUUUCUGCAUCGCUGUCCAUUCCUAAAGUCCUCUCCGGGUCCGGCGCUGAGACAUAUGGGGGGAUUUCUGGGUAUGGCUGACCGGUGCCCCGUCAUUGUCCGCCGGAUCACCGUACAGUCCACUCAGAGUCCGGAUGAAAAAGUCCUGUCACCACAUAAGGAAACCAAACGCUCCUUGGCUACAUCUGCUGCUCAGGUUGCUGUGUCCAUGACCAAGGCUUGCCCCUUUGUCUCCUCUAAGAUUGGACUAGUUAAAGCCAGCCCUCAGGUUCAGGAGGAUGUCCACUCAGCGCUGCCUCCUAUUUCAGAGGAGGAAGUGACUUCAGGAGCGCUCAGCUCUGUGUUUAGUGGCUUACAGGGCCUUCAGUCAUCUUUCCCAUCCCACCUUCUCAAGGACAACAUUGUUGGAUCCAGUUUUGACUAUGAUGACUUCUUCACUCAGAAGAUUAUUGAGAAGAGGAAUGACCACACCUACCGUGUCUUUAAGACGGUGAAUCGGUUUGCAGAUGUUUAUCCCUUUGCUGAAGAUUACUCUGUUCCAGGACGCUUUGGCUCACAGGUGUCUGUUUGGUGCAGCAACGACUACUUGGGCAUGAGUCGCCAUCCACGUGUCAUUAAAGCAAUAUGCGACAUUUUGGAAAAACAUGGUGCAGGAGCAGGUGGCACUAGGAAUAUCUCUGGGACAAGUUACUACCAUGUGGCUCUUGAGAAAGAACUGGCUCUUCUUCACCAAAAAGACGCAGCCCUUGUCUUCUCCUCAUGCUUUGUGGCCAAUGAUUCCACCCUCUUCACUCUGGCAAAAAUGCUUCCAGGCUGUGAGAUCUAUUCAGACAUGGGGAACCAUGCCUCUAUGAUUCAGGGCAUCAGGAACAGUGGAGCCAAGCGUUUCAUCUUCCGUCACAAUGAUGCAAGACAUCUAGAAGAGCUGCUCAGUCGUUCUGAUCCAAGGACACCUAAGAUCGUGGCAUUUGAGACAGUGCACUCCAUGGAUGGGGCUAUCUGCCCCCUGGAGGAGCUGUGUGAUGUUGCACACAAAUAUGGUGCUCUCACCUUUGUCGAUGAGGUUCAUGCAGUAGGCUUGUAUGGACAACAUGGAGCAGGGGUUGGUGAGAGAGAUGGCAUCAUGCACAAGAUUGAUAUUGUCUCUGGUACACUGGGUAAGGCAUUUGGCUGUGUAGGGGGCUACAUAGCCAGCACUGCUGCGCUGGUGGACACAGUGCGAUCCUAUGCAGCAGGCUUCAUCUUCACCACCUCACUGCCUCCCAUGGUGCUUGCUGGAGCUCUGGAGUCUGUACGGGUUCUGAUGAGCUCAGAGGGUCAGGCUCUGCGCCGAGCUCACCAGAGGAAUGUCAAACACAUGAGGCAGCUUUUGUUGGAUGCUGGUCUGCCUGUCAUCAAUUGCCCAAGCCACAUUAUCCCCAUACGGGUUGGAAAUGCAGAGAAAAACUCCAAGGUGUGUGACAUUCUGCUGGAGAGACACAGCAUCUAUGUACAGGCGAUAAACUACCCGACUGUGCCACGCGGAGAAGAGUUGCUGCGUUUGGCACCAUCCCCUUUCCACAACCCGAUCAUGAUGGACUAUUUUGUGGAGAAAUUGGUGGAUGUAUGGCAGGAAGUUGGACUGCCUCUCAAUGCCCCUGCGACAGCCUCCUGCACUUUCUGUGACCGCCCCCUCUACUUUGAUCUCAUGAGCGAGUGGGAGAAAAGUUACUUUGGCAACAUGGAACCAAGAUAUAUUACAGUUGCAGCACAGUAAGAAAAAUGAAAGAGAAGAGAGAUGGAAAGCAACAUUCAAUAUAACCAGCAACAUAUAACAUCAUUAAUAAAGAAAAAAAUCAUAACUGCUGAGAUAUCUCCUUUUACACUAUCAUACAUAGUGUAAAACUGCCUUCUGCAGUUACAUCAUUAGUACUGGCUUUGGUGCUUUUGGAUUAUAUACCGAAUUAUGGAAUAUUAUUUCUGUGUCCCCUCUGCAUAUUACAAAACCUGCACAUGGGCACUUUUAAUGGAAACUAUUAAAACAUAUUGAAAUACUUAAUUUUUUAAUUAUUUUAUAUAAUAUUUUUAUUCACAUUCCUUGCAUCAGUUACAGUUCAUGCAUAGUCCUGUACUAAAUCUCUCUGUAUAAAGCCACAUCUAAGUCUCUUAUGCAUUAGACUUGAAUUUGAAUGUAAUAGCUGUAGCUCAAAGGGCAGGGUUGGGAGUCGUACCUUUUCUUACAACUCACAUGAAAUCAAAUGAAAUCCAACCACAUCACCUUAAUCAAAUUUUAAUUAAAUUUGUACAAGGUUCUCAUGAGAUCAGAUUGGUGCAUUUCAAUUGGAAUUUACCAUUUAACUGCACUGCACAUUAACAACAGACACUAGUUUGUUUGCUAACCAGCUAAUCAUUAUUUUCUCAAAUUUUCCAAAUGACAUGUAUAUUCCAAUGUACUUUGUUAGAUGUCUAAAAACUAGCUCAAUUUGGAUAUCAGCAACAUACAUUCACUGAUUCACUCUUGGAUUGUAGGCUGCAGAGUCCUUUUAAACAGCAGAACCUUUGUAAUAGCUGAGAAAUAUAGUCCACCUUAGCUACAACUUAAACACUGUGAUGCACCUGUUAUCACAUUAACUUUACUAAUUUGGUACUGCAUUUAGGCAGGAGUGUGCAUAAUGACCUCAGGAAUAUACAGCAUCAAUCUACUUUGCUUCUUCAGAUAAUGUUUUAUGAGAAAUAAGGCCAAUGUUUUAUGAGAAAUAAAGUAUAACAACUAUAA